GAUUCGUUUUCAUCCUGCAGGUGAGGAAAGCUUAAUUCUUCUAGAUGGAAGACAUGAGUUUCCGUUCAGCUUUCAACUCCCUCAAGAGCCUCUGGUGACCUCUUUUACUGGGAAGUAUGGCAGCAUCCAGUACUAUGUGAAAGCAACUCUGGAGAGGCCUGCAGCACCCGAGCAAAGUGUCCAGACAGAGCUCCAGGUCAUUAGCCAUAUCGAUGUCAGCUCACCAGCUUUAUUGACACCUGUUCUAAGAAGUCAGGAGAAGAUGGUUGGCUGUUGGUUUUUCACCUCUGGGCCAGUGUCUCUCAGUGCCAAAAUUGAGAGGAAGGGAUACUGUAAUGGGGAAGCCAUACCAAUCUAUGCAGAAAUUGAGAACUGCUCCUCUCGUUUGAUUGUUCCAAAAGCUGCCAUUUUCCAAACACAGACUUACCUGGCCAGUGGGAAGACAAAAACCUUCCGUCAGAUGGUUGCCAAUGUUCGAGGAAACCACAUUGCCUCUGGGAGUACAGAUACCUGGAAUGGGAAAACUCUGAAAAUCCCACCUGUAUCCCCCUCUAUACUUGACUGCUGUAUUAUUAGAGUAGAAUAUUCGUUAGCUGUGUAUAUCCAUAUUCCUGGUGCUAAGAAAUUGAUGAUUGAAAUGCCUCUGGUGAUUGGCACUAUUCCAUGUAUUGGAUUUUCAAGCAGAAACUCCAGCAUUACCAGCCAGUUCAGUAUGGAUAUGAGUUGGCUGGCACUGACCAUGCCAGAACACCCUGAAGCACCACCAAAUUAUGCUGAUGUAGUGUCUGAGGAAGAGUUCUCCAGACAUGUUCCUGCUUAUCCACCACCAAUUGACUGUGAGGAACAAUUGUGUUGUCCUGUCUUUGCUUACAUACAAGAGUUCCGGUUUCAGCCUCCACCUCUUUAUUCAGAGAUUGAUCCACAUCCAACUGAUGUAGAAGAAACGCAGCCCGUUUCAUUCAUGCUCUGAAGAGGAUUUGUGAUGGGAUCGUUGUGAUGAAUGUCUUAAUCUUUCUGCUGCUUAAGCUGAUAGUGCAGCUGAAAAGGAACCAGUUUUCUUUUUCAAAACUUCAGUUUGUGUGCAAGAAAGGUCAAGGAAAAUGGAGGGGGGAGGUACGAGCAUGUUGGGUGAUGGAAGAGAAUCUGCUGGAUUAGUCUGCACAGAGGAUAUCAUGUGAGCAGCAAUGCUUGGGACACUUGAGAAUCACCUGGAAACGCUGAGUGCUUUCUAAAA